UUGGGAACCAGAAGUGCGCUGCGCGGCAGGAUUUCCGUAAAAAUGGGCAGAAGUUCCCUCUUUGGGUUCCUCCAGCAAGUUCGGUGUCCGCUCGGCCUUCGGGGAGAGAAGCGGCGGCGGCGGCGGCAGACGGGAUGGCGGCGGCAGGGGCUCUGUCUUCGCUCAGGCGAUGCGGGAAGCUGAGAUGGAAUAUGCCUCCGUGCAUAAACUUUUGCAUGAGACAACCCAGUUUCUUUAAAUCUUCCAAAUCUGAGGCUUUACCAAACCUAGCCAGUGAGAGAGUAACUUGUGCUCCACUUCAGACAUUUACAGAAGAGGAGAUCAUGAUCAAAGAAAUGGUGAAAAAGUUUGCUCAUGAGCGAGUUCUACCAUUAGUACAGAAAAUGGAUGCUGAUGCAAAAAUGGACGAUUCUGUUGUACAAGGCCUAUUUGAACAAGGGUUGAUGGGUAUUGAUCUUGAUCCCAAAUAUGGAGGAACAGGGUUUUCUUUUUUUUCCACUAUUCUGGUGAUUGAGGAGUUGGCCAAGGUUGAUCCAUCUGUAUCGCUUGUGUGUGAACUCCAGAAUACCUUAACCAAUAAAUUGUUUACGACGUAUGGCACAGAAGAACAAAAGCAAACCUAUUUGCCUAGACUGGCAAAAGACAUGAUGGGCAGCUUCUGCCUUUCAGAGCCUGGUUCCGGCAGUGAUGCGUUUUCCUUGAAGACUCGUGCUGAAAAGAAGGGGGACUACUAUGUCAUCAGUGGGUCAAAGAUGUGGAUUAGCUUUGCUGAGCAUGCAGGAGUGUUUUUGGUGAUGGCAAAUGCCAACCCUUCUGCAGGCUAUAGAGGAAUUACCUGUUUCAUAGUAGACCGUAAUACAGAGGGCCUACACGUAGGAAAGAAGGAGGAUAAACUGGGAAUCAGAGCCACAUCUACAUGUCCUGUAACAUUCGAAAAUGUGAAGGUUCCUGUGACCAACGUGCUCGGGCAGGUUGGGCAGGGCUAUAAGUAUGCCAUUGGAAUGCUCAAUACGGGAAGAAUAGGAAUAGCUGCACAGAUGUUGGGAUUAGCACAAGGAUGUUUUGACCACACCAUCCCAUAUACAAAGGAGAGGUCCCAAUUUGGAAAAAGCAUAUUUGAUUUUCAGGGAAUGCAACAUCAGAUUGCGCAAGUGGCUGUACAGCUAGAAGCUGCAAGAUUGUUAACCUACAAUGCAGCUCGACUUGCAGAAAGCGGAAGGCCAUUCAUAAAAGAGUCAAGCAUGGCCAAGUAUUAUGCGGCAGAGGUUGCUACUCUAACAACAAGUAAAUGUAUUGAAUGGAUGGGCGGAGUCGGCUUCACAAAAGAUUAUCCUAUUGAAAAAUAUUACAGGGACUGCAAGAUUGGUACCAUAUAUGAAGGGACUUCAAAUAUCCAGCUGAACACAAUUGCAAAAUGCAUUGCUCAAGAAUACUGAAAAAUCAAGAGAUUUAAUUACCGCUGCAGUACUGGUGGGAAUCACGGGCUACUUCUUCAUGUCCAAUUUCUAAGACAAAAUAAGAAAAAUUGUGGUAAUUUUAAAUAUGUACAAGACUGCAGCAUAAGUGACUGGACUGUUACACUUCAGUAAUGUACCAUAAUAACUAAUUUUCCCAACUAUAAUGAUACAGGGCGUUAAAAUCAACCUUCUUUUGUAUCUACACAUUGGGGUCUGUAGAACUGAUAACUUCAGUUGAUUCUGGGCUAUCAAGGAUUCUCUGCUUUACCAUGUGGGCUCUUUGCACCUGCUUAUCAAGAUCCAACACACAAAUAUGCAAACUGUAAAAAAGAACUAAGUAUCCAAGAAAUCUCUGAAAUUCUAUUCACACAAGUGUGAUGGCCCUGAUCACAUGGGAGCUGUAAUGAAGUUACACUAAAAAA